CAUGUAGCUACCGGAAACGCAUCGUGGUCCCCGGCCGCGCGAAAACAAGUGAGAUAUUCGCCCCUCAAAUACUGCUUCAAGCAGGAUACCCGGAGCAGGAUAUCCGAUGGCGACUCCAUCCGAGCAUGCCGCGACCCCUCGCGCCGUGGACAGCAAGAAAGUGUGGACCACACUAAUCACCAAUACCGCGUAUUUGACUGGCCUGUUAACACUCGAUUACUCGCUGAAAAAGCAUGGCUCCAAGUACCCACUGGUCGCGCUCUACACAGACACAUUCCCUCCCGAGGGCCACAAGGCAUUGGAUAUUCGAGGAAUACCCAAGCAGUAUGUGAAAUAUCUGCUGCCGGCAGCGCAUAAGGACUUCAGCCAGGACCCGCGCUUCUACGACUGCUGGAGCAAGUUGACGCCCUUCUCGCUCGUCGAAUAUGAACGAGUGGUACAGCUGGAUAGUGACAUGCUCGUGUUACGGAACAUGGACGAGCUGAUGGACCUUGAGCUAGAUGCGCCAAGUCUCGCAGGGAAAGGCGAUCGGGUGUUUGGCGCAAGCCAUGCCUGUGUCUGUAAUCCCUUGAAGAAGCCCCACUACCCCAAAGACUGGGUACCAGAGAACUGUGCUUUCACGUCUCAACACGAGAUCCCAGACAAUGCGCAGAUCUAUGGCGCGCCCUCUUCGUUCGGUCUCGGCAUCCCCAAUGGUGGUCUGCAGGUGGUGAAUCCGUCUGCUGAAGUCUACGCUCUUAUAUCAGCGCAGCUGUCCAAGGACACGGCAAUCACGGGCUACGACUUCGCAGAUCAGUCGCUCCUUGGAGAUUUGUUCUCGGGGCGAUGGGUUGCGAUACCGUACAUCUAUAACGCCCUGAAGACGCUCCGGCGGGAGGGCGUCCACCACCAGAUAUGGCGCGACAACGAGAUCAAGAACAUCCACUACAUUCUCAGUCCCAAACCAUGGGACGAGAAGAUGGGUGCGGAGUCCGAAGAGACGCAUACGUGGUGGUGGAAAGCGAACCAAGAGCGGCUUGAUAAGGAAAAGAGCACGGGCUUGGAUGAUGGAUUUUGAGUUACAGAAUGACGCAUGGCUAAAGUCCCGUAUUUCACAUAUAGGUACCCCGGUCAAUUGAGGCUCUCCUAUAUGCAGGGCGCAACUCUGUGAAUUCUCGAGAUAGGGGUCCUGCCCCUGGUGACGCAGGAGAAAUCACCAUUCUGCUGCGCAAUCUUCAAUGCCAAACGCCUCUUGACCACCCAAUUGCCCCUGAAUCGCGCAUGUUUAAUCAGUGGCGC